GGUAGUUUCUCUCUCUUAUAUUUACAUUCUUUUCAUAUCUAUAAAAUCAUUAAUUAAAAAGAUAUCAAGCAGUUCACAAGUGUUUGAGUGAUUUAUGCUAAAAGCAGGCCAAAGAAUGGUUAAGAGACACUUUGUAAAAAAUUUUGACGAGUUCGAGAAGUUAGUCGUUGAGCUGGAAAAGGAUAAAGUUCCAAUUAAUGUAUUUUUUACUGGCGACAAAAAUGAAUUAGGUGAAUCAUGGUGUCCUUAUUGUGUUCGUGCUAAACCUGUCGUGGAAAAAGUAGUUGAAACUACAGCGCCUGAAGAUUCUCAUUUUAUAAUGUGCGAGAUUGAUAGACCAUUCUGGAAAAACCUGGAAAAUCCUUUUAGGAAAGACCCUCGUACACAUUUGGUUUUUCUACCAACAUUAAUGCGUUGGAAAGCUGCUCAACGACUCGACGGAUCACAAGUUGAAAAUGCUGAUCUUGUAGCGAUGCUCUUUGAAGAUGAAGAUUAAUCUCAUUCUAUUUUAUUAACU